AUGGCGAACGCAGAAGCAGCCAAGGUGACCAACAAGCAAAUCAUAUUCCCAGACUAUGUGAGGGGAUUCCCAAAAGAAUCCAAUUUUAAAUUAACCACAACUACCAUCGAUCUAAAGCUUCCGGAGGGAUCCACGUCAGUUCUGGUGAAGAAUCUUUACUUGUCUUGCGAUCCUUACAUGCGCAUUUGCAUGGGAAAGCCUGAACCCUUGUCCUCUUCCCUCGUUCCACCGUACGAAACCGGCGUGCCAAUCGUUGGGCUUGGAGUGUCUAAAGUGAUAGAUUCAGGGCAUCCAGAUUACAAAAAGGGCGACUUACUCUGGGGACUAGUUGGAUGGGAGGAGUACAGUGUUAUUACUUUAACUCUUUACUCACACUUCAAGAUCCACCACACCGAUGUUCCACUAUCUUACUACACUGGACUUCUUGGUAUUUUAUCUCACUCUUAG